CAGCUACAUUUUCAAACGUCGAAAUAAUGAGGGGGGGGAACAAAAGUAACGGGAAAACUGCUUAUUGAUCAAAUAAAAAUAAUUACAAGUAAUACUAUGGUAUAAUGAUACCAUUUCGGUUGCUUUCUGUAGCAAUAAUAAUGAUAUUUGUUGAAAUUAGUACCAUACUGGCUUUUAAUCCUAUUAAUUAAAACGCCUCCCUGAUUGGACGGAUAGUUAAUCCCAGUGGGCUACACUUUCCUACUAACGCGCAAGUGGGACGGAGAACGAGUCACAAUCUGCCCAGGGCGAGGGCAAGACGCACUGCGAGGAACCGUCAAGAAUACAUUCGUUAACUUUCAACGAAUUGUCUUCGGUACAAACGUAUUGUACAUAACAUAGUCAAAUACACCUUGAGAUUAGUAAAACAUUGUAUGAACAUUUGUUUAUGCAAGAAAAUAAAUAACUAGGAAAGGUUUUAUUCACAGGCUGCAACUAUUUUUGAUAGCCUGUUAGACAGCAACAGAAGACUUCGAUUAGACAUAAUACGCGUUGGAGAAGACUGAGGAUACGUUUCAAUCGACUCGAAUUACUUUUAAAAAAAAACAAAAAAACAAUGAACGUUGGGGAAGAGAAUCUGUUGAAAUCGAUCAGCAAUGAUACUUUGCUGGAUCUGACUCAGCGCUACGGGCAGUCAGCUUUCGGCUUUGGUGCUGGCCAUGGUGCUGGAAGUCCCGGGCGCUAUCCUCUUACACCGGCUGCUGAUUUCCUCUCCGGUCAGACAGCGAAAUCCACCGAGAGCGGCGGGGAACAGACCAGCGACGACGACGACGCUUUCGACCCUCUAGAUCCCAGGAAGAGAAGUUCGGGUUUCGACGACGACAAACAUUCGGGCUCACUGGCCAAGAAGCCUAAAGAGCAGAGGUCGCUGCGCUUAAGCAUCAAUGCACGGGAGCGUAGAAGAAUGCAUGACCUCAAUGACGCAUUAGACGGCCUGAGGUCUGUGAUCCCUUACGCUCACAGUCCAUCCGUGAGAAAACUAUCCAAAAUAGCGACUUUGUUGCUGGCGAAGAACUACAUCUUAAUGCAGGCGCAAGCUCUGGAGGAAAUGAGAAGGCUGGUGGCUUAUUUGAACCAGGGACAAACCAUUACGUCGCCCAUUCCGACGGCACUGGCUCCCUUUGGACAAGCAGCUGUGUAUCCAUUCACGGGUACUGCUCUAGCCACUUGCGCCGAUAAAUGCACUUCUUACUCCGGGACACCUUCAAGUCUCUUCAAACACUGCAAUGACAAGCCUUGACUCGGCCUCCUCCCUCGCCUUUGCUCGCAACAUCCACAUGAUGGUCUCUCUGCUUAUUGAAAUUAUUCUGUUGGAAAAUUUUAGUCGAAUACGUAAUCCUAAACUAUGUGUUUAAAAUCACUGCUACAAUGUUUCAUCCAGAUUUAUCAAAAGAUGACCUUUCUUAUUAAAUGAUUGAAUAUAGGUUUGGGAAUGAGCAUUCAAAUCGCUGUUAACCUUAAAGUUGUGCUCCUUUUUUAUCUGUCUUUCUCUCUUUUGAAUAAUUUGCUUCCAAACGUGUAGAAGGCAUUACUGUUGUGAUAGCCUUCGAUGGGUCAUGCUCAGCUGUCCAGCUCAAAAGAUAUGUCAGCGCCUUUUAUGUAUGUAUUAGAUGCCGAAAAAAUAAGUUCCAGUGGUUUUCAUUUAGUAAACAAUAUGUGAACUAUGCAACAUUCUGAGCAGAUACAGAAAAGAGUUUACUGUACGAGGAAUACAUUACUGUCACUUAUAUCCUGCUACUGUGCCACUGCUAGAGGUGUGUCCGUCGGUAUUUCUGAUUCUGAAUGACGACUCUCUUGACCAAGGUUCAACCUACGUGGAAAAAUCUCUAUAUAGUGUAAUAUAUAUUUUUUGAAAAGAUGUAUUGAGGAUGUUGACUUUGUUAUUGCACAAUUCACUUGAUUGUAUUGUACUGUGGAAAACUACUUGAUAAAAGAAUGGAUAUCAAGGUACCGGUUACAAAAAAAAUACUGAAACAAACAUGUGGUUGUGGUGAGACAUUGAAUUUCAUAUAUUGUUUAUAUGUCUUUAUAAUUAAAACAUAUAUAUGCUUGA